CCAGUCCUGAGUGCACUCAGCUCCAGCACAGCCUCCAGCCUUCACCACCACCAUGUCUCUGACCAAGAAUGAGAGAGCCACCCUCAUGUCCAUGUGGGACAAGAUUGCCCUGCAGGCUGAAUCUGUUGGUACUGAGACUCUGGAGAGGCUCUUUGCCAGCUACCCCCAGACGAAGACCUACUUCCCACACUUCGACCUGUACCAGGGGUCGCAGCAGCUGAGUGCCCACGGCGCCAAGGUUGUGGCCGCUGUGGGAGAGGCCGUUAAGAACCUCGACAACCUCCGGGGAGCCAUGACCAAGCUGAGCGAGCUGCAUGCCUACAUCCUGCGUGUGGACCCGGUCAACUUCAAGUUCCUGUCCCACUGCUUGUUGGUCACCCUGGCUGCUCGUUUCCCCGCCGACUUCACAGCUGAAGUCCACGAAUCCUGGGACAAGUUCCUGUCGAUCCUGUCUUCCAUCCUGACAGAGAAGUACCGCUAAGCGCCGCGGACACGACCCCCCAAGGAUGGGCCACGACCUCCAGGAUGGGCCACGACCCCAUCUCCUCCCUGUCCCUAAA